AUGAGUGAAAUUGAAGCUACAGCUACAGAAUCCCGGGAUGAGAUGGUACAAAGGCACAAGGUGGAACAAAAGAACUUGAUGGCCACCAUCACGGGAAUGAAAAAACAGGCAACCAAGAAAACGAGAAAGGGAGUGAUAAGCAAAUGCAAUGAGCUCCAGGAGAGUCUUAAUCAAAAGCACAAGAAAGAGUUGAGUGAGCUUGAUGGAAACACAACUGAUGACGUGGAAGAUGAAUUAAGACCCGAAGACUUGCUCGCACAAAUGGAAAAAACCACAAUAAACGACACUAACAAUGCUGAGGAGAAGAAACUGUCCGCUGAGGCCAUCAAUACAGACGCACGUCAACCUAAAAGAAAUAGACAGAAAGAACGGUUAGCCAAACGAAAUGCUAAAAUUGAGCAAAUGAAGGACGAAGCAAGAAAGGAGUCGGAGAACGAUGUCGACUACCGAAAAAUCGAACAGGAGUCGAUGCAACAUAUAAUCGAACGGGGUAAUUUGGUAGUUUACGAAAUUAAGCCCGAUGGGCAUUGCUUAUUCGCUUCAAUCCAAGAUCAGUUGAGUAUCAGACACCCCAAAGACGUGUCAAUUCAAGAAUUGCGUGAUACAGCUGCUCUUUACAUGAAAUCCCACCCCGACGAUUUUAUCCCAUUCUUAUUUGACGAAGCCACGAAUUCUUUAAGAGAUCUAACGGAAUACACGAAUGAACUUACUACUACGGCCAUGUGGGGUUCAGAUAUGGAGAUAAUGGCAUUAGCUAACGAAUACGAUUGUCCCAUCACAGUUUUGAUGGCUGGUGGUUCACCCAUUACUAUAAACCCAGAAGGAUCGAAUCCAGAGUUAAAAUUAGCUUUUUACAAACAUUCAUUUGGAUUGGGCGAGCACUACAAUUCUUUGAGAGACAUGUAA